GUAGCAGUAGCACCAGGGACCCUCCAACGAGGCUUCUCUGUUAGUUGUAGUCAGUAGUUGCGGAGCUCUCAAGGAAUCUCCAUAGGAGUAGAGGUAAAAUUAGCCAGUUCCUUUGAUGUAUGCAUCGAACACCCUCGUUCGAACUUUGUUUGAAGAGGUUUGAGCCGUGUCUUAGUAAUCGUUGCCCAAAGAAGUCAAAGGUGCAAUCCAUCUCAAUUCAACACAAAGAGUUUUCUCGCCGGAAAACAAAUUGGCACACCCGGUGGGACCACGUGUGUUCGAUAUGGCUCCGCGACGAAGAAUUCAGGAUGGUGAUGCUCCACAAGGUGCUGUGGAGGAGGGGCAGUUGGUUAACGUUGAAGUUGACCAAGCAGGAGGAAACAAUGUUGGAGCACAGGCGCCAAACAUGACACCAAAUGUAGAUCUAGGCGAGGCAGUCGUGUCUCUUCGUCAAAUGAUGGAGGAGAACCGCAAAGCAAUGGAGGAGAACCGCCAAAUGAUGGCGGAGAGCCGCCGGUUGAUAGAGGAAGCUAGAGAUAUGGCUCAUCAGGUAAACUCUCAAGUUGAUUGUCUCAAUUCCCGCGUAGAUAGGCGAUUGGCCCAAUUUUUUGAGUUGGUAAACAAAAAUACGAAUGAUCUGGGUGAGUUAAGGCAAUUGUUGAAAAAGCCAGUUUUACAAACUAGGGCUUUGUCUUCAGACGGUCGAGACUUUCCAAAUCUUGAAAGUGAAAACGUUAACCUACCAUCCAACUGUGGUGGUCGAGGUGAGCAGGCACGCCCGGUGAACCCUACACCACCGGUAACAACCACCGUACCAACACCUCAAAGGGUGAAUGUUGGCGAGAGUCACGCCACUUCAUCUAAGAUCCAUGUUGAGCAACCAUCACCUAGGCAAGGUGUUGCUCGACAAAACAUUUCAGAAGCCAGACCAUACAUGGCUCCUGUUAAUGUUGGAAUGGGUUUGGGUCCAAACAAGGUUGCCCCGAUACUACCACGUGAGUACCCGCAGCAAAUCCUGCCCCCUAUGAAUAUGCAAGGCGUGGAUCCUGGUGGAUUCAUACCACUUGGGGGGCAAUGAGGGGGUCGUGAGAUCCCACCACAUGGAAGAUUGAAGGAGAAACAAUAUCGUCAGUGGCAAAGAAGUUUGCCACAUCCAUCAUGUUCUAGAAAAAAUCAGAUGAGGGUUGCCACAAAUUCUCCUCAAUAUGGAGGUGGUGGCCACAUGAAAAAAUUCAAUGCUGCGAAACGUGGCAUAACUCAGUGGACAGGGGGGCAAGCUCGAUCAACUCCAUGUGAAGGGUCUUCAAAGACUCCACUGAGUGGACAGGGGGGCAAGCUCGAUCAAACCCGACAUGGAGUUGCCACACCAAUGCUGGCUGCGAACAAGUCUGUCAUGAAUGGUGGACAUGUGGGCAAGACCAAUUCGCACACACGUGUUGGUGGAGCUCGCAAACCUCGGUGCUCACCCUCUCAACGUCAGGAGAGUGUGCAGUCGACAAAAAAUAACCAUUGUGGGAAAGUGAUGCCACAUGGUCGAUUUGGCCAGACAAAGGUGCCAAAAAACAUGAAUAUCCUGUCUAGAGCCAAGAACACUUAUGGUUCUCGUGAGGCUGAGAUGAGGCCAAAUCAGGCUUGUAGAGUUUUGAACAAAGUUGUUCGAGCUGGACGAAAUGGAGAGUUGCAAGCCAACAAAGACUCCAAAACAUCAAAACCAACAUGUGUGAAGCCAUCUAUGACAAGUGAUGGCAUUCACGGUUGGUAUGCUUGGUUUGAUCUGUGGAGUUGGCAAUGGAUAUGGACCUUCGGCAUGAUGGCCUAUGCCAAAGUCUAGCUUAUUAUUAAAUAAAUAAAGUGUGGCUAAAUUAGGCCAUGUUAUAUGUUAAAAAAAAAUUAAAAAUUAUUAAAAUAUUUUGGCGACGUUAUUAAAAAGAAGCCACAACGUUGUUGAAAAUGGUUCAAGAUGACAAGCACAUUGCCUCAUGUGAUGUGUUGGAGAAUAUCAAUCUUGGCAUGGAGGACGAUCCUCGUCCAACUUUUAUAAGUGCCAACUUACGAGAGUCUUAUAUUAAUGGCAAGUACUUUAUGCCAUAUGUACCGUCCCUUUGGGACAUUAAGGAGUGUUAGUAAUUUAGAUGUCGGCCAAGUGCAGACGGAGACCUAGUUGAAGUUGACAUGGUUUCUAAGAUGUGCAACAUGGCCGAGGAGUGAGAUGGCCAGGACAAAUCUUUUCUAGAUUGGUCAUUAAAAGGGAUUUGUUUUUCUCGGAAGCAAAAUGGUUGUCGUCCAACUAGAUAGUUUGGAUGGUUGAGUAAAAACAUGGUUACCUUGCCACCUUCUGGAUAGACUGUAUCAUCCAUGAUACUAGAAGCCAAGGAUGGUUGGCCUUAAGUAAUUUGUAACUAUGGUUUGGUUAAGUGGUUGCAUGGAUAGUGUUGUCCAAGCAAAAGGACAUCGUCCAUGUUGUAUAUGGAUUGUGAUUGAGUUUGGCCGAGUAACCAUCCAUGAUUGAGAGGACGAGUACCUGAGCUUGGCGACUUGAGGCCGAGCAGUAGCAAGAGUCUUGCCAUGGGGAAGCAUCGCACAGCUUUGGAGGUAUGGUGAUAUUUUUUGAGUUGUGAAUUAUGGUGAAUGAGAGCAUCAAUUUAUAGAGAAAAGUUUAAUUAUGCCCUAAUAGGAAUGAGUUACCUCUUGCUAGUAGGAUAUGGAUUAUGAGGUGUGUCCUACAUGAAAAAGAAUUUGCGUUCAUUAUCACAAAAGGAAAAGGUAGGCUACAUUAAUUGGCUAAAAAUUGUAUUAUUAGCCGAGUUGGAGAGGGACAACCUCUUGGUGUGUUUUGUUUACAUGGCCAGGAAGGAAUUACAUUCCUUAUGUGACUUGGACAUGGCUACAUAAAGCCAACAUCUGCUUCAAGUGGUUGCGCAUAUAGUAUAGUUGUGGGGGGCAUUUGUUUACACCAAAAUAAUUUUCAUUAAUUAUUUCUCGUGUGAACAGUUUGACCAAUUUAAGUAGUUGGUCCAUGUGUACAUGAAUGGUCCAAGUAUCAAGUCAGGCCAUAGGAAUAAUGGAUGGUAGUUGUC